UGUGUUUUUCAACAGUUCCCGAGAAUUUGCAUUAUGUGGCGCCGAACUUUUAUUGUGAAAGACCAGGGAAGUAAGUCCGCGCUGAUGCUGCGAAGGAACUCCUCUUCUCCACAUUAUGGACUGGAACGAAGAUAAAAAUGGUCACAACCACGGUGGUGAGUGUGGACAUAGUCACGGACGGGGUCACUCACACAGUCACGGGCCCAGGAUGCCCGGGUAUGGCCCACCGUUUCCCGGCAUGAAUUUCCCUGGACAGUUUGCAAAAGCUCUGACCCGACCAUGAUCAACACUGCUCCCCGGUCACACAUGGACGAGAGCAGCAACUGGGAUAUCGUCAAGGCCACACAGUUUGGCGUGUUGGAUCGCUGUAAGGAGCUGGUGGAGGCAGGAUAUGACGUCAGACAGCCGGAUAAGGAGAACGUCACCCUCCUGCACUGGGCUGCCAUCAAUAACCGCUCUGACCUGGUCAAGUACUACAUGUCUAAGGGUGCCAUCGUGGACCAGCUGGGUGGGGACCUGAGCUCUACCCCUCUCCAGUGGGCCAUCAGGCAGGGCCACCUCCCCAUGGUGAUCGAGCUGCUGAGGCACGGUGCGGACCCUUCCAUCGCCGACGGAGAGGGCUACCGCAGCCUGCACCUGGCCAUCCUCUACCAGCACCUGGCCGUCGCAGCCUACCUCAUGGCCAAGGGGCAGGAAGUCGACAGUCCCGACUGCAACGGACAAACGCCCCUGAUGUUGGCAGCCCAGAAGAUCAUCGGGCCGGAGCCCACCAACUUCCUGAUCAAGAACAACGCGUCCCUGAGCAGCGUGGACAAGGUGAACCGGAACACGGCGCUGCACUGCGCCGUGCUGGCGGGAAACGUGGACGCCGCCGACGUGCUGCUGGAGGCCGGCGCCAGCGUGGACGCCGAGAACAUCGACGGCCACACGCCCAUCGACCUGGCCCGCCAGGUCCACAGCCCCCUGCUGGUCCAGAUGCUGGACCACGUCAAGCAGGAGAGGAUCCGCUCCAACUCGCGCUGCGUGCGCAUGCUCAGCAAGUACAGGUCGUUCAUGCAGUUGGUGUUCUGCGUGGGUCUGAUCGGGUGCGUGGGGGUGAUCGCUGACCUGAACACGGACUCGUGGCUGCUGAAGGGAGCUCUGCUGGCGGGCCUCAUUGGCGCAGUCAACCUCAUGUGCAGGAAGCUGCCCAACUCGGCCUUCUCCGCCGGUCUACCGCCCGCGGCCCUCCUCGCCUCCAUCUUCUGGUUCCUGGUCACCUGGUUCCUGUGGUUCCUGCCAGAUGGCGCCAGCGCCACAGUCCAGGUCCUCUUCACGCUGAACACGGCCUCCCUGCUCUACUUCUACCUCCGCACCUGCAGGACAGACCCGGGCGUGGUCCGCGCAACCGAGGAGGAGAAGAAAAUGAAUGUGCUGAUGUUGGCUGAGGCCGGUUUUCUGGACCCGAGGAUCUUCUGCACCUCCUGUAUGAUUAAGAAGCCCAUGAGAGCCAACCACUGCUUCAGCUGUGACGCUUGCGUGGCCAAGCAGGACCAUCACUCCAUAUGGACCAACAACUGCAUAGGUGCACGGAACCACCGGUUCUUCGUCCUGUUCGUGGCGGCCAUGGUGGCGAUGGGAGCCUGGGUGUUCUACGGCUGUCUCACGUACUGGUCCAAGCACUGCUCGCUGAACUACCAGGAGCAGGGCGUGUGGGGCGUGCUGACUGCCCUGGUGAGCUGCUCCCCCUGGGUGCUCAUCGUCUUCUGCAUGGCCUUCUACCACACGGCCUGGACCUCCGUCAUCCUGCUGCUGCAGCUCCACCAGAUCGCGUUCCUGGGCCUGACCACGGCAGAGAGAAUCAACCUGAUGCACCACCAGAAAAAGCACCCCAAGUCCUCCAUGAGACAGAACCCUUACAACAUGGGCAUCGUGAGGAACCUGGCCUCCUUCUUCCAGCUGCGCUGCUGCGGCCUCUUCAAGCCCCCCGUCACAGACUGGACCCAGCAGGGCCCGUUCGGCCGCGACCUGGCGCGCUUCGGGCCCCCCGAUACGGUUUGAGAGGGCCCCCCCCAACACGUCCCAGCCUUCCCUGGGGAGGGGGGGGGGGGACAGGACUGGGAGCUAGACCGGGAGCACACUGCUAAUUUAUAUACAGUAUAGAGAAGGACAUAGUGAUAUAAACGAUCUACGUGCUUCUGAGUCUUUCCCGUCGGGAGGAACCACUGUAAAGGGAGAAGGCACAAGUAGGAGCCCUCGUUUUAUUCCAAGUCGCUUUUCCAGUCGCUCUUUCUACAGAAUGCCGUUGCCUUACACUUGACUUACGCUAGAGGUGCGGGAGGAACCGUUUUUCCGUUGGAUGAAGUGAAGGGUCCGCCUUUAGUGGCCUAGCUUAUGUUUGAAGUUUCUAUUUGUUUUGUUUUUUAUAUAAAAUAUAUGUACAAAAUAAGUCGGCCUAUUUUUCUAUCGUUGUUUAUGAAAUAUCGAUCUUUUAAAAUGUACAUUUGCAAAACUUUUGUAAGAGACGCAUGUGUUUGUUAUUGAAUGACCACUACGGUGAAAAGAUUGGAGGUCUUUUUUUAUCUUCUACUUGACCGGCUCUAUAAAGGAAACUCAAUGUCUGUUGCUCUCAAAACCGGUGUCCUUGACACCCUACAUUUUUCCUUUUUCCAUUGGCCAUUCUUGCCGUGCCGAGUCAGACCUGGCCAACUUGAUUUUCAUUUCCAUUCCCAGUUCAAACGCAGCCGAGGUGCGUUUGAACUGGGAAUAGAAACGCAAAUGGAAAUCUCUGGAGUCAGGCCAAUACUCGCACGACCCGCAGCCGAAGAGAGUUGUGUUGACGUCAGCCCUGGUGUCUGUUCGGAGCGAGAAUUUGUCCCUCAAAUUGUAGGAACAUAGACCGAUAAAAUUACAAUAAUUGCAUUUGUGUAUGCAACGCAUCGCCAUGCACGCAAAGUAUGUCUAGAGUUCUCAACGCCUGAAUCUAUAUAAUUCAUUAUUCCUAUAACUGUGUAUGCCUAAUUAAAAAUGGUAAGGAUGGAAGUGAGCUCCAUGAUUUUAGUUUGACAAUAUCCGCUUGCAAAGCAAAGUAGUACAUCGAAAAAUGACAAUUUUUCACAUUAUCAGAUUGCUUCACGCCUAAAAUAUACAGUUGCGUUUUAAAGGUCCUCAUUGGAGUCUUGUUAUCAGUUCACUCUACAUUACAGCGUCUUUCAGACGGACUUUACCCUACAGCGCCCUCUCUUGGCAAUUUAACGUUAUGAAUGGGAGAAGUUAAAUGACGGAAAUGUUCCAGAGAUGUUACUUGGUUUUGGCAGUUUUAUCCCUGUUCCAACUCAAACAUGACCCCAUGCAAUGAACGUUUAUGUACCAUCAGGUCAUUGCACUGGAAUUAAUAAAUCACUUUUUGCUUCUCA